AAUACACCCACACAAAAAAACACAAGUAAACAAUAAUAGAAGAUGAAAUUUUCAUAUUGCCUAAGUGUCUUCACAUUUACAACAUUUUUGUUGUUUCUUAAUGGCGAAAGUGCUGUCAUAAAUAUUGCAGCAAAACCCAAUGCAGACGUUGGCCCGGAUUUAUUGAGCGCAUGGAAGGAAGCAUGUGCAGCCACAACAGGAAGCACCAUUGUGAUCCCAAAAGGAGAAUACCCAAUGACCCAAGUAGUGCUUGAUGGGCCAUGCAAAGGCCCAGUUGAGCUCAAAAUCGACGCCACCUUAAAGGCUCCGGCUGACCCCGCCACACUCGACAGCAACAAGGAAUGGCUCACCGUCAAUAACGUCGACCGAUUCACUCUCUCCGGCACCGGCGUUCUUGACGGCCAAGGAGCCAAAUCAUGGGACCAAAAUGAUUGCAAGAAAACUGCAACCUGCAAUAAGCUUCCCAACAAUCUGAGUUUGAACUUUUUGACAAACUCAUUGGUCCGGGACAUAACUUCUCUAGACAGCAAGUUGUUUCACGUUAAUGUUCUGGGAGGUAAAAACUUAACCUUCGACCACGUCACCAUCAAAGCCCCGGGGGACAGCCACAACACCGACGGAAUCCACAUUGCGAAAAUAGUGGAUGUUAACGUUAAAGACAGCACCAUAGGAACCGGAGACGACUGCAUCUCAAUCGGAGACGGAACCGAAAACCUUCACAUCACGGGUGUGACGUGCGGUCCCGGGCACGGAAUCAGUGUCGGGAGUCUCGGAAAGACUCCCGGCGAGGCACCCGUGAAAGGCGUCUUCGUGGAGAAGUGUAACUUCAUCAAGACAGACAAUGGCGUGAGAAUCAAAACGUGGCCCGACUCGCACCCGGGAGUGGUCACUGAUAUCCAUUACACGGACUUAACGAUGGACGGCGUCCAAAACCCGAUUGUGAUCGACCAAGAGUACUGCCCCAAUAACCAAUGCACCAAGCAAAAGCCAUCACAGGUGAAGAUCAGCAAAGUGAGCUAUAAGGGCAUAACAGGAACUUCUGCAACCGAAAAUGCCGUGAUCCUUGCUUGCAGCAGUGGGGUGCCAUGCGAGGGAGUUGACGUCGGCGAUAUCGACUUGAAGUUCAGCGGCGGGGCGGCGAAAUCUACUUGUACCAAUGUGAAGCCCACCUUCACUGGAAAACAGAACCCUGAACUUUGUGCCACUGCUGCAGCUUCCUCUUGAAAGCAGUCUUAAUUGACAUUGAAUUGCUGCAAGAGUUUGAUCAAAUUUUAUCAUCAUAAAAUAACUUGUACCGGAAAAUAAAGAGGACUGAGUUGAGCUUGCUAGAUGUCUGUAUAUCCAUUAUCCAGCCCUUGUGGCCAUUAGAGGCAAUAAAGGGAUAUGUAGAAUGUAAUAGGUAAAAAUUUGUUCUGGAAAAGUAUAUCCAGAUCUGCUAAUAUUAAUUCCAUAUUUUGGAAUUUGGAUGUAUGACAAAUACGUAGUACUAAAAUUACUAAAAUACGCACCUAGCAGAAAAAGGAAC